AUGAUCUGUGUGAGCACCCAGUGCGCUUCGGGUGACUACUGCGAGCCGCAGUGGAUCUUCGGACAUGGUCUCAGCUACACGAACUUCACCUACUCCGACAUGGCCAUCAGCACCACCAACGCCACCUCAAGCUCCGAUUCUAUCAACGUGUCUGUGACAGUGACCAAUUCCGAUACUGCGGCUGGAAAGGAGACCGUGAUGCUAUUUCAGACGCAGCUGUACCGACUCAUUUCGGCUCCCGAGGUCAAACAGUUGAAGGAAUUCUCAAAGAUCAGUCUGCAUGCGGGUGUUUCACAGACGUUCGAGCUGACUGCGGCGGACUGGAGCGUCUACUACCCUCAGAUCGGUCAGGAUUUGAAGCUUACCGCGGCAUGUACUGCUGCUGCGAACCCUCUGUGCGCGACGUUCACGUUGUCGACGGGCGAGUACUCGUUCGGCUCGCUGAUUGCGGAGUAG